CCGGAUAGAUAAAAAUGUCAUCACCAACUGGUGGAGUUUCCUGUGUAGGAUAGUAUCAGGAAUAGCUUUUGGAAGGUGAUGAUUGAUCAAUUAUAAUUCCACGGAUUUCACGUCAUUGUGUGCAUUCAAUUUGUAAAAAGAAUGUUUGAAAGUGAGAUACAUUGAAGGUAAAUUAUGAAAGAGAAACUAUCGAUCGAGAAAGAACGUGGUAAGAAAUUAGUACGAUAGUACGAGGAUCCUAACCUUGUUGAAAAUGAAGUCUGGCACUGUGAACAAACAUAGAGGUUCUACGCUUUUAAAAACGGAAGAAAACGAACAAGUCUAUCAAUUGAUAGGAAAUCGGUGUCAGUGUUUAGCAGCUGGAGUUAUUCAAUUAUAUUUGACUGAACCACCUUUACACAAAGAAUGGAUAAAGAAAACUACAGGUAUUAUAACAUUGAUAAGGGAUAAUCCUAGACGUAGUUUUUUCCUUCGUUUAUAUUGCUUACAAAGGAAAGCAAUGUUAUGGGAGCAUGAAGUAUAUAAUGCAAUGGACUAUAAAGCACCAAUGAGUUACUUCCAUACAUUUGAAGCAGAGGAUUGUAUGACUGCUUUUAAUUUUGCAAGUGAAACAGAUGCUGUUACAUUAAGAAACAUUCUUCUUGAUAAGUUGAAUGCCAAACGUCAGAAAAGGCAACAAAGACGCUCUAAGGUAGAAGGAGAAACUCAGCAUGGUGCAACAUUGCCAUGGAGAAAUCAAAGCAACGCAUCACCUGUUGCAUUUAGUACAGGAUCAACUUCUAAUUUAUUAAAUGGAACCCCAACUACAAUUGGUGUCAAUAGGAGUGCUUCUAGUAGUUCUAUGUACAAAAGUAAAAAGAAAAAACGAGAGAAAACCAAGAAAAGAUUAACGAAAGAUGACAUUGGUCCUCCAUCCAAUUUUAGACACGUUACACACUUGUCAUGGAAUACUAGUAGCAAAGAAUUGGAAUUGGACAAAGUCGAUCCACAUUUAAAAAUAUUUCUUGAUAUAGUUGGUGUGUCGGAACAUCAAUUCAGAAAUCAAGACACGCGUGAUUUUAUUUACGAUUUUAUUGAAAAAAAUGGUGGGAUGAAUGCCAUUAGGGAAGAUAUAUCUUCAUCUGCCCCGAAAACUAAUGCACAACAACAAUUACAACAAUUCCAACAACAACAACAACAUCAGCAACAAUCUCCAGCUGCGCCUCAAAGACAGGAAUAUCCCCCUCCAGUUCCAGCAAGAACAAUAACACAUCAAACACGAAGUGCUCCACCACUACCUCCAAAUCGAAUUAAUGCACCUUCAACACCGCCAAGUGUACCACCUAGUGCACCACCUAGUGCACCACCAGUUCAUAGAACAUUACCAUCUCGACCGCCACCACCUUCUUUAACUUUCGCACCAUCACUACCACCACCUCCACCUCCGCCUCCUCCUCCUCCACCACCUCCACCAGCUCCAGCUCCUGCUCCAGCUCCAGCUCCAGCUCCGCGUUCUAGAAGUAAUUUAACUACACCUGUUCCACCUCCUCCACCAUUACCAAGUACUGAUGAUGGAACAGUUAACGCAAGUGCUAUCAAUAAUAAUAAUACUACUAGUAAUGACAAUAAUAAUGGGGAUAUCGCUGAUCUAAGGUCAACGCUUAUGGAAUCCAUAAGGAGUGGUACUAGACUUCGAAAAAUUGAUAAAUCUGAAGUAAAACAAAGUCCCCCUCCUCCAGAUUCAAGGAAUGCUUUGUUAGAAGAAAUUCGUCGUCAAGAAUUUGUGUUAAGGCCCGUUUCGAACGAAGUAAAAAAUGAACGAAGUAAACCAGCGUUUCAAGGAGGAUUAGCUAGUGCUUUAUCAAGAGCUCUUGCCGAGCGAUCAAGUGCAAUCCAUAGUGAAAGUGAUGAUUCGACUAGUGAAACCAGUGAUGAUGAUGAUGACUGGGAUGAUUAACUCAGAUGAAGCAUAUGACUCGAGGAAUAAAAUAAUGUAUCACUGUGAUAAAUCUGCUAUCAAUAAACAUGUAAACAGAUUAGCUACUUUAAAUGUAUAAUAUAAUGAUUUUGAAUUUGAUAUCCAAAGAAGAAUGAAAAUCACAUGUAAAUGUUCCGAAAAAGGAAAUCACAUAAUGUGUUAUCAGGAAGUAAGGCAUAUUUACAUGGAUAGGGCAGGUAAGGGCAGAAUAAAGGUUCUGGUAUAAUUUCAAAAGAAUUGUGACAUGCAAUUAUCUGGUCUGAAGGAGAAAAGAAGAUAUUAUAUAAAGCAAAUACGAUGUUAUAUAACACAACAGGCAUAAAAAUAUCAAUUUUUCAUUUACUAGUAUUUAUUCGUUUAACUGAGGAUCAGCAUUUGCCAAAUAAAAUGAAUACCAUGGAAACGAUCAUACCUAUUCAAGCUGCUUCAAUAAAUAUUAUAAGAAAUAUAAUAAUAAUACAGUUAAGUAAAAACUAGCGUAAUUCUGUAGUGCAGUUAACAAUAUUACAAAUUCCAUGUAAAUUUGUACUAUUACUUCAAAAGUUAGUACACUUCCUGUAUGAUGAUUACGAAAUUUGCCUUAGUUUGUCCUGCCCAAUUCGUGUAACUCAAAAUACAUAUAAUUUUAAGUUAGCGACCGAUAGUCCAAGAUGCACAUUUAUGGUGGAACAAAACUGUAAACGUAAAAUAGAUUUUCAAAUUAAUUGGAGUUGAUCUAUCAAUCAGAAUAGAACAAGGAAAUAAAAGUAUUAAACACAUUACAAUUUUUCUAACUUAAUACUCGAAGAGAUUGCAAUAAUUUCGAUACUAAACUGUAUACAAAAGAUACAUCGAAACUAUGUUAAUUCAUAGGAACUUCACCUAAAAUCUAAAAAAAAAAAAAAAGAAAGAAAAAAAAGAAACGUAUAGUUAAUGUAUCUAUAUGUAUUAUUGUACAGAUCGACUUUUAAGAAUUUAAGCUUUUAUCUAUUAUAAAAUUAAUCGUAUUACGCAUGUUAAGGUCGACUUAUAUACCUGACGUUUCAAAACUGGGAAUCGAGCCUUGUAAAAGUAUACAUAAGUUACAUUUAAAUUCAUCAGUAUGCUAAAUCUUUGUUAAAGAAACGAUCUUCUCUUUUUUUACUGUUUUGUUUAUAGACUUGGAAACUCGUUUGAGGUAUUUAAAUAACGGCCUUGUAUCUAGUCGCCUACGAUGCUAAAACAGGUGCCCUGAACUGAUGUAAAUUAUAAUAUCUUAAAGGAGUUUCUAGAGUCUUUAUAUAUCCCGAUAGAUUAAGGGAUGAUAAUUUUUAAUAUUUUAUUACACUAAUUUUUUUACGUUUUUUUUUUUAUCCAUUAACUAUUUAUGACAUUAUGUCAGUUCUAAUAUCUGUCGGCCUCUGUAUUAAGAGAGGAAGUCAUGAGAACGGUGUUUUACAAUAUACAAACGAAUUAAAUGAACUUCCUUACUUCAUCAUGAAGUAUGAGCAGUCCUGCAUUGUUGGACAAUAUAAUUCAUUCGUUCAAUUAAAAAAAGAAAGCAGCGCAUCAAACGACUCUUCUUAGAUUUAUCCUAUUAAAGUACGUAGACGUAAGGUUACGAUUAACGAUGUAGUAAGAAUUGUAUAUUUUCACGUGUGUGAUAUAGGUGUCGAGACCACAGGAUUGAAGCGGAAACAGAGAAAUUGUCUAUGGGAGUGUAUGAAGCACAAGAUAAAAAGUUUUAUGCCACUAUGGAGAAAUCCUAGUCACACAGAAAUGAGAAAAAAGGAAUAUGUUAAUUAUUAGUUAUUGUAUUUUAUUAUAUUCUAUGCAAUAUUAUUGUAACGUAAACGCUGUUCGACGUCCGAACUUCUCUUUCGAUUGACUAGAAAAAUCAUAGUUGCAGGAUUUUUUGCUUCGAUUACUGCCGAAUAUAUGGAAAUACCGACACGAGAGCGUAAUUAAGAGAAAGAGGGGAUCUACGCUAUAUUUGUUAACUAGGAUAAAGGGAAAGUAGCGAGAGAUGUUAAAACAAAAGACUUGUUACAUAUGAUAAGCUAAUAAGAUUGUAUGAAGAAUGGGAGAAUUACAAAAUUUUACUUUGAACGCAUUAUAUAGAAGUAUUGUUGCAUUUAAGAAGAAAAAGAAAAGAGAAAAAGAGCUAUUAAUGGGCAUGUAUCUUUGUCCAGUUUUAAGAAGUAAAUUGUUCUUCUAUUGAAUGUACAUAUAACAUAGUACAUGUUACAAAUCGUAUUCGGUUUGUGUUGUGACUACCAAAUAUCAAAAACUAUAAAAAAACGAACAUAUAACAAAUAUUAAUUUACUUUAACAUGCAACUUCCUCUUCUACUGUAUUAUUUUUUGUAUUAACUAAAGAAGAAAUAGACUCAUAUAUAAUUUAUAGCGCAAAUUUUAUGAACUAAUGCAGAAUGAAUGUUUCUUCUUUGUUAUUGUGGAAGAACAAAAAAGAAAAAAAAUUCAUCUACAGAGAUGAUAGGGUUCGUGAUAGCAGAAACCUAAAUCUGUUAUGUGUACAUAGUUUUAAAAGGAACGUUGAAUAUACGUUAAAAUAAUGUUUAUACUAUUUAUUUAACAGUCAGCUUUUAUAUAUACUGGAAAUUAGGUUUAAGUAGAUCAGAUAUGUAUAUCGGUCUAACUAAAUAUUUUUGCUAUGAAUAUGAUGAGAUAAAUAAAAUAUGCGUGUGGAAUUUGCGAUUAAAAAAGAACCGGAAGUAAAUAUUCAAAUUUUUUCGUUAAAUUUGUAACGAUAAUUACCCAUUAUUAAUUACUUCGUUUGUGAGAUUCGAAUGUUAUAACUGUAUUCAAAUAUACAAGAAAACAUAUCAAAAUUUUGAAAAAUAUUAAAUGAUGAUUUUGUAUAGAAGCAAAUAUUUUGUAAAAAAAGAAAGAAAGAAAUACCGAUGAUAUGGGACUAAAAUUAUAUCCGAAUUGAUUGCAUUAAACUAAUAAAAGACCAAUUUUCCAAAUCUUAGAAGAAAGUAGCUUCUUCGUAAAAUUGUAAUUUCUAAAAAAAAGAUAUGUAUCAUGCCAUUUAUGUAACUGAAAUUGUUGACUUUAUCGAUAAAUGUUUAAAUACAAAUAUAUCAAUAGACACGAAAGAGAAAGGAAUA